AGGUCACGUGACCCCCACGAGGGGGGCGGGAGGGGAGGUGUGGUGUCAUGGCGGCGGGGAGCGGUGCCGGGGCCGGUGCGGGCGGUGCUCGGGCCUUCAGGCACAGCACAGCUCCGUCCUGGCUGAUAAAAGAGUAAAGAAGAGGAGGAUCGAGAAAGAUAGCCUUUGGAAGCUGUGUGAGGGGGACGCUGCAGGGGAUCCCUAAAGAGAAGAAGAAGAAGAAUAGUGACAGUAAGGGGAAGGAAGGACUGAGAGGCAGAGCUGGAGCUGGUGAAGAAGAGAGGAGAUUUGUUUCAGGCGUUGAUUGGCAGCGGAGGUCCAGAUCGAGCAGAGCCUGGUUGUUACAGGGGGUGGUACAACUGUUGUGACAGCUCUCCAGCACACAGAGCAAACGUGCUGUGGGAGAGUCAGGUGCAAAGCUGCAGUUCACCUUCUGCCUUCAUCCCGAAUCUUGUCCCGGUGCAUGUUGGGCUGCAAGGCUUGCUGCUACCGCUGCUAUCGCUCGAUAACUCCCUCUCAGUGAGCGGGACCUGCUGCCUGAGAGGUGUCUGGGGACAGCACUGUCUUCCAGGACUAGACGGCAUCUCUGCAGGAGCCCUGCUCAGAUCCAGACACUGGCUUACAGCUCCAUUGCUGUGCUCCUGAGCAUGGUUUUCCAGGGAAAAUAAAAUUUCUCUUUCUUCCAGACCCCUAUCUUGUCUGUUACAGCGCCAUGCCAUAUUUAUGAUGCCCAGAAUGUUUUUAAGAAUUGGGGUUUGAUUUGGGUCCAUCCGUGUUGCUAUUUCGCUUUGGUUACGUUUGUUUGUAAAAUUAGGGUGUUAUUUUUAUUUUAUGCUCAGCAUCCCAACAGCUGCAGACUGUAAAACACACAGUGGCCAUUCCCCUGCCCUUUCUUGCCCUGUUUGUGCGUUGCUGCUGCUCAGGCAGUGCAGGUGCCUGCAAAGAUGAACCUUAGGGACCGCAUCCUCAGGGACGCGCGGUUUGCAGCUCAUGGAUGUUCGCUUACUGCAGGGUGGGUGCCGACCCAGGCACUUACGCAUAGUUCUUUCAAUAACUUAAUAAGUAAAAAAUACAUCAUAUAAAAUAUGGUCACAUGUCAAAGGCCCUUCUCGUUAAUGACUGCUGGGUGCUAGUCUCGCUUAAAAUUGAUGAUGUUCAGCAGAGCACCCAAAGACGAUGUCACAGAGCUUUGUCAACAGCUUUGCUGUUGCAGAGUCGAUGUGUCUUUUCACUGAGGCAAGUUUUGACAUUUAAAGGCUGUUCAAUCCAACUCUCUGAUCUCUUGACCCCUGAUACGAUUCGUUCCCUGCUCAACCGUCUGUCCUUUAGCCUUCAUGUCUUUAUAUAUUUUCUUGGGUGAAAUUUUAAUGAUUUUCCAUUAUCCACACAACUAAUAAAAGGUAUCUAGCUGUAAUAGAGAAAGGGAAGACAAGACAAGGGGAUGCAUAAGUCCUCAGCAGAGAGUUGAACCCGUUCAGCAGAGUUACGGAUACCUUGCUGCAAGCACCCUUGUCCUUCUGGUUUCUUAUCUAUAAAAUUCCUCCCUUUGUUUCUAUGUGUGAUGGCUGACCCUUGCUUAUGGCUCUUGAUUGCUUUCCUGCGUUUCCAAACAUUUCCUGAGAAUGAACUUCCCUUCUUGCCUAGUCUUCUGAACUUUUGCUCUCACCCUGCCUCCUGGCAGGUGUGUGUGAGGGGCAUUUCGGCAGUCUGAACUAGUUAGAAAGACAGCAAAGUGGGAUGGCAGGGAAAGAGCCGUGAAACUGUUAGGGUUUGUUUCUAACGCACAGAGUGAGUUUGUAGCCACCUUCUGCUGCGUCUCGUAGCUUGUUCCAGCAGAGCGGUGAGAGCAGUACAGUGAAACAGGACAUCCUUCCCCCCUUGUUUCUGGAGUGAAAUGAAGGGUAGUUGCUUGGAUGCAUUUAGACUGAAGUUCUAUUUUGAUUUUACACUAAGGAUUUAUCUGCAUAAAGCUCUGUUUAGUUUUUGGCAGAGAUCUCCAUGUGCGAGGAACGUCUCUGGCUGCAUCCUGUUGAGCGCAGUUCUGGAGUCCAGGCUCCCCAGCAAAUGCAUGCUCCCGGAGCCCACUGCCUUUACUUAUGCUGAUCAUUUGUGCCACCGAGACGGAACUAUAGUCAAAACUAAAGAUGCCACUCUUCUUCCGUAAGAAGAAACCCAGCGAUGAUGCUCGGAAGCGCCUUGAAUACCAAAUGUGCCUGGCAAAAGAAGCUGGUGCUGGUGACAUUCUUGACAUAUCCAAAUGUGAACUCUCAGAGGUUCCUUAUGGGGCCUUUGCAACUUGUAAAGUCUUGCAAAAAAAAGGUGCUGAUUAUCCAUACGAAUAAUCUGACAUCUUUAGUUCCAAAGUCCUGCAGCCUCCUGAGUCUCAUAACUGUGAAGGUUCUAGACCUGCACGACAACCAGCUGGCAUCGCUUCCUGCUGAUAUCGGUCAGCUGACAUCUCUUCAGGUCCUAAACCUUGAAAGGAAUCUUUUAAAAUGUCUUCCACAAUCUAUAGGAGACCUUGCCCAGCUCCAGAUGCUCAAUGUGAAAGGUAACAAGCUGAAGGAGCUGCCCACUACUGUGAGUGGCUUGCGGAGUUUGCGCACUCUGGAUAUCAGUGAGAACAUGCUGCAAGAACUGCCGCGGGUGCUGGCUCACGUCCGCACGCUGGAGACGCUGACCCUGGAUGCCUCUUCCAUGAGCUACCCAUCACCUGAUAUUUGCAGCGCAGGUACAGAGUCCAUUCAGCAGUUCCUCUGCAAAGAGUGUGGAAUUGCGUACUACCCUCCCUCGCAGUAUCUGCUCCCCGUGCUGGAGAAUGAUGGAGGAGGAACAUCAGUGGAUGGGGUGGACAGGGCAGUGCACAAGUACUUGGAGGAGGAGAGCGAGUGGCAGAACAAAUUCUUGGAUUAUGAGAAGAGGAAGGAAAAAAAAAUGCAGGAGAAGCUGGAAUUUGAGCGGCGUCUGAACAUGGGGCAAAGAGAACACGCUCUGCUUGUUCAGCAGGUCAACAGUCAGAAGGAUGAGAUGCUACAGACAGUGAGAGAGGACCAGAUGAGGCUGGAGGAGGGUCUGACAAAGCACCAGCGCUAUUUGGAGGAGGAGCGCCUGAAGCUGCUGCAGCAGUUGAAGCAAGCGGAGCAAGGCAUUGCCGGCCGUAUCCAGAAGCUGCUGGAGGACAACCAGAGGCAAAAACAAAGUGCGGACAUUCUGAAAUCCUUGGAGAAUGAGAGAAUAAGGAUGGAACAGCUGAUGGCAAUAACACAGGAGGAGACAGAACAUCUACGCAGAAGGGAAGUGGCCUCUGCCAUGCAGCAAAUGCUGGCUGAGAGCUACAAGAACAAGCUCAUCCAAAUGACCUACGAGUCUCGUCGGCAAGACCUUGUCAACCAGGCCUGCUCCAGCCUGGCUGAGAUGGACCAGAAGUUCCAGCAAAUCCUGGCUUGGCAACAGCUGGAUCAGAACAAAGCUGUCAGUCAGAUCUUGCAGCAGAUUGAGAUGCAGAAGGCUGCCUUUGAAGCUCUCCAAGUGAAGAAGGAUCUUAUGCACAGGCAGAUCAGGAACCAGAUUAAAUUAAUAGAAACAGAGUUAUUGCAGUUGACACAGCUGGAGUUAAAGAGGCAAGAACUGGACACAGAGACGCUGCAGGGGGUGAUCAUGGAGCAACGCCAAGCGCUCGGCUACCUGCUGCAGCAGCUGCUCAAAGAAAAGAAGCAAAGGGAAGAAGAACUGCAACAAAUACUGCUGGAAAUGGAGGCAAAGAGCGAAACCAAACAGGAGAACUACUGGCUGAUCCAGUACCAACGCCUGCUGAACCAGAAGCCCCUCUCACUGAAACUCCAGGAGGAGGGCUUGGAGAGGCAGCUGGUGAACCUUUUAAUCGAGCUGUCUGCGGAACGGUACAUGCCAGUCUUUGCGCACCAUCGAAUAUCCUUGCAAGCGCUCAGCACCAUGACUGCCAGUGACCUGGAAAAGAUCGGCGUGGCGGAGGCUGGCCUGCAGCGAGCCAUCCUCAAGCGAGCCCAGGAGAUCCUGGCUGUGGCCAAGACGAUCCCAGAGCUGCUGAGGACGGUGGAUGCCGAGGUCCCUGCAGCUCCAGAGCCCAGCGCUCCCUUCGAGGAGCCCCCGAGCCCUGUGGUCCCGACGGCUCCCCCGCUGCAGUGGGACGAGAAGAAGUCAGAGUGCGUUGUCUGCAUGGAGCAGGAGACCCAAAUGAUUUUCCUGCCCUGUGGCCACGUCUGCUGCUGCCAGACCUGCUGUGAGCGGCUGCACACUUGUCCCCUGUGCCGCAAGGACAUCACCCAGCGCAUCCGCAUCUUCUACAGCAGCUAGGCAGGGCAGAGGAGGGCAAGGCUGCCCGGCACCGCCUCCGUCACCCCUUCCCCGGUGGUGCUCCUCUUCUGCUCCGUGUCAGUAUUAGAGAGACACUCGCACAGCAUGACCAGCACCGCCCUCCCCGUGCACGGCCCCAGGCUGGCUGCCGGCUGCACCCAGGAGUCUCAGCAUCCUCCGUAUUCCCCGAUGGCUUCUCACCCUCCGCCUCGGGUUCCUUCUUCAUCUGCGUCCCCUCCUCCUGCCUGCCCGCCCAGCGGCCUCUUGCCUGGGAGCACUGGGUGAUGGAACUGGGUGCAAUUCUGCCCCUUCCUCUCUGGCUGAUGUAUUUGCCUUCAGAAACGCCUCUCGCUCAGCGGGGACGCAGUUAGUGCCAUCUCUGAAGCCACCGUGAUCUUGCAGCUCCCCCGCUGUAGCCGGGGCAGUGCCGUGCUCCUGCGUCGAGCGCUGCUGCCCGGAGGUGGGUGAAUAUCCCGUGGGAGGACUCGGAUAGGGGCGUGCGAUGCUCUGGGGUUGCUGACGGGACCGUGUGUGACACCAAAGGUCUGGGGUUUCCGCUCUGGUGACGCAGGGGAGCGUCUCUGGGACGCUGGUGGGCUGCAGCCACGGGCAGCGGGUGCCAGGGCAGAGCGAGGGGCUCCCCGACCCCUCAUUCGUCCUCCUGUUGUAGGGGAGAGUCUGCAACGGCCCCAGGUCCAGGACUCGAGGGACCCGCUCUGGCCAGAGGAGCCCAGCGGGAUCCCUCCCCCAGGGCCCCCAGGCUGUGAGCGGGAAGCGGGGCCGCUGCCCGGCAGCCGGCGCGAGUCCCGCGGGGAGCCGUGGGGGCUGGGGCUGUGCCCGGUGCCGCUCUGCAUGGCCUCUGCGCGUUGGCGUGCGGGUUGUUCCCCAGUGUCAUUAAUAAAUAACAUCCCAGUCA